UGUUAGCCUCCAACUGCUAAUUCUGUCCUUCAUGUUUUUGGAGUAUUACUGCGUCGGUGUAUUUAACAGUAAAUCAUGUCAGUUGUCUACAGAGCGCUGCUGUAUCACAGAGAAGGCCUGUUUCCGAGCAUCCCCUGAAGGCAGCACAGCCCCGCCCCUCCGUUGGCAGCAGGUGAAGCUGCUGAUCCCCUCAGCUGAUCCUCACUCACAGGAUCAGUCCCGCGCUGAUCGUCACUCUUCAUCACUUUGCUGCCUCGACACCGCAGGACUGUGCGUGCGUGCGCGCGACUGCCAUGAUCGCGAGUGCACGUGUCCGUGCGCCUCACAUCGUUUCCUGUCUUUACAAGUGAAUCCGAGGAUUUUAAUGUGUGUGGAAGAAGUUCACUCUGGCUCUGGACUUCCUGCUGUCACCAUGGAGACGGAGGCCAGUCACAUGUUGGAGGCGGCGCUGGAUCAGAUGGAUGACAUCAUCGCAGGUUCCAAAGCAGCAGCAGUGGUGGACUUCUCCAUCAACUUGUACGACCUUGGUUCUUCCAUCAGUACCGACCCGCUGCAGGUGGUCCAGUUGGCUGAGGACCUGAAACUGGCCCUGGAUCUUCAUCUAAACCAGGAGCACAGAGAAACCCUGAGAGAACAGCUGCAGACGGAGACGGUGGAGACUCUGAGGGACUGGCUGUGGGGAGACCGGGUGAAAGUCUGCUCUACAGAAAACAAUGACAGCUACCAGGAGAGGCUGCUUCGUCUAGAGGGCGACAAAGAGUCUCUGGUGCUGCAGGUGAGCGUCCUGACCGACCAGGUGGAGGCUCAAGGAGAGAAGAUCAGAGAUCUGGAAAGUUCUCUGGAGGAACACAGGCAGAAACUGGCUUCAACAGAGGAGCUGCUGCAGCAGGAGCUGGUCCGCAGGACUCGUCUGGAGACCGAGAAGCUGGACCUGAUGGACGAGGUGUCGUACCUGAAACUGAAGCUGACGGAGGUCAGCGUGGAGGAGACGGACGGUUCUCAGCCAGAGGUUCUCCAGGACGACCAGCUGGACAAAGCUGAGGGUUUGGCUGCAGAGGUGGAGCAGCUGAAGAGCAGAGUGGAGGAGCUGGAAGGACAGAGGAGUCAGUUUGAGAAGAAGCUGAGAACAAGAAAGACCCAGAUCUCGGAGCUGCAGCAGAUCUUGGCCUCCAAAGAUGCUGAGAUCGAGGGCCUGAAGAUGCAGCUGUUGACUGAAGACAGCUCAGCCAAUGACAGCGCAGAGAGAGACCAGGAGUACCAGCGACUAAAGGCAGGGAUGGAGUCUCUGUUGACCUCCAAUGAUGAGAAGGACCGUCGUAUUGAGGAGCUGACCGUCCUGCUGGGUCAGUACAGGAAGCUGAGGGACGUGGUGGCUCUGACCCAGGGCAGCAGUGAGGAGGAGCUGAACUCUGUCAGGACCUCAGCUGUCAGUCACAGAGCUCACGCUGACACCCUGAGGUCAGAGUUUUCUUCUCCAAAGUUGUCCCCUCUCAUCUUGUCUUCAUCUUCGUACAACCGGGCCUUGGACUUGUGGCCCAGGUCCAGGUCCAGGUCCAACAGUCUAGAGGAGCUACACAGUGAUUCUCUACAGGAGAACCUUCAGCUGGAGCUCAGCAAGUACCAGACUCUGCCUGGAAAACGCAGCAGAAAGAUGGAGCGGAGGGUGGAGCUCAACGGACACUCUGACUACAUGUCUCCACUGCAGGUGUCACCUGUUCUCCACCAGGGGCAUGACUACAGUCUGAGACCUACAGAGGAGCAGGAGCAGGAGCAGGAGGAGUUCCUCCUCUCAGACCGGUCUACUCUGUCCUCAGGACAGCAGUCUCCUGGUUCACUGGAGCAGAGGAAGAAUCACCGAGGCAUCAGGAAACUGUGGGGGAAGAUACGCCGCAGUGAGUCAGGGAGUCCUGUCCAGGUUCACGACCCGGAGCUGGGAGAGUUCAGGAGGGGGGGGUUCAGAGCCACAGCUGGGCCCCCACUGGCCCGUUCAUGGAACAUCAGAGACAUGAAGACGCCGUUCUCCACGUGGAACACAGAGCAGGUCUGUGAUUGGCUGGAGGACAUCGGACUGGGUCCGUACUCUGUCUUAGCCCGUCAGUGGGUCACCAGUGGUCAGACACUGCUGUCGGCAACCCCGCAUGACCUGGAGAAGGAGAUGGCGAUGAAGAGCCCCCUCCACAGGAAGAAGCUGCAGUUAGCCAUGAAGGCAGCUAGCAGCCCACAGCCGGAGCGGUCCGUGGAUCUGGACCACGUCUGGGUCACAGGUUGGCUGGACGACAUCGGGCUGCCCCAGUACAAGGACCAGUUCUACGAAGGACGGGUGGACGGACUCAUGCUGCAGUACCUGACCGUGAACGACCUGCUGCUCCUCAAGGUCACCAGUCAGCUCCACCACCUCAGCAUCAAGGCCGCCAUACGGGUCCUGCACCUCCACGCCUUCAACCCACACUGCCUCAGACGGAGAGCCGGCAAGGUGAGUCAGUUCUCUCCCACUGAGGUGGUGCAGUGGUCCAACCACCGGGUCAUGGAGUGGCUGCGGUCCGUGGACUUAGCAGAGUACGCCCCCAACCUGCGGGGCAGCGGCGUGCACGGAGGACUGAUAAUGCUGGAGCCGCGGGUCAACGCCGACUCGUUGGCCACCCUUCCGAACAUCCACACUCACACAACGCGGCUGCGGCGCCACAUCACCACCAACUUCAACAACCUGGUGGGAUCUGAAGCCCAGCAGGAGAAGAGGGAGUUCAUGGAGGCGCUGGGCUCCAGCCCACUCAAUAUCUCCGCUAAAGUGAAGCCAAAGAAGCUGGGCUUGUCCAACCUGACCCACCUGAGGAGAAGACGUCCAGAUGAGUCCACAGACUAUGUCUGUCCCGUCCAGUCUCCAGGUCAACCAGUCUCAGGACACGCUGCUGAGACACAGACUCGUCCCCGCUCUGGUUUCAGAGGCCUGAAUCCCAUUUUGGACCGAGAACAAGGAAACCAUUCCAGGGACCAGAAGGGACCAGAGGACUGGACAGAAGACCAAGCUCCCUGAGUUGGACCACCUCCCUGCUGGGCUGCAGCCCACUAAUACCUCAGUCAGUACCUCAGUCCGUCUGCUGGUCACAGAUGACACUGACCGUUCAGAACUCCUCUGCCUCAAACCUCUAGACUCUGUCUGUGAUGUCAUUUCCUGCGGACCAGUCUAUACAGUACCUACACUUUUCCUUGGUGUUAAAGGGAUGGGGCGGGGUUUCUUCACCGAUCACACUGUUCUCGACUAUUAUUGUUCAGCACUGACAUCUACUGGCAGAGAGUAACAACUGCAAUUUACCUUAAGAUGACUUUGACAUGUACUAACUGUUUUUUUUUAAAUUUGGAAUUAAAACAAAAUCAAGUCUGA